UGUUGGUCCAACUGAGUUAAUUUAUCUAUCCUUUGUGAAUAGAUGCAAAGCAAGAAUGUCCGGGACGCCUUACAUUGGGAGUAAGAUAAGUCUUAUAUCUAAAGCCCAAAUUCGAUACGACGGCAUCCUAUACUCUAUCGAUACAGUUAACUCGACGUUGGCUUUAGCAAGAGUUAAGUCAUAUGGAACCGAGCACCGACCAUCAAACAGACCUGUACCUCCAAAACAUUACACUUUUGAAUACAUAAUCUUUAGAGGACGUGACAUCAAGGAUAUUACUGUCUGUGAACCACCAAAAUCCCUCCGUUGUUUGCCUCAUGACCCUGCCUUUUUGCAGUCAUCCAUUGGCAGCUCAUCUGAAACCUACCUGCCCCAAACGCAUUACAAUGCACACAGCGGUGUGAUACCCAACUACAAUCAACUGGAUGUAAGCUCUCUAUUCAACCAGCAAUAUGCUACAGCCCUGGCUCUUGGGUUGCAGGGUCUUUCACUCAGCGGUGGGGCGAUGGUAGAGCAUGCUGUCCAGACUGUGCCAGUGGUCGAGGCUGCCCAGAAGAGGGGCCAGCCAGCCUCCAAGCAGCAGAGCAGAGAGUCCUCUCGCUCCCAGUCUCAGAGGAAGCCUGGCGCUCGCAGCAAGAAUGAACCAGGACUGACUGCAUCCCAGAGGGGCAACAGUGAGAAUCGCACACCAAAACAACGUCAAGGCAAUCGCAGAAUCCACGGAAGAGGUCAACUUCUUGUGGAUGACUCAAAGACUACUACAUUACAUUUUGAGUCUGACUUUGAUUUUGACACUGCUAAUGCCCAGUUCUGUAAAGAUGACCUUCCAAAGAAGCUUGAGGAUCAAGUAAUCAUUAAAGAGGCAAAGAUGGACUUUGGAGUGGAGACUCCUACUAGUGGUGGCACGGCGGAGGAGGAUUCUGUUGAAGAGAAGUUGCACUAUGACAGAAACAAGUGCUUCUUCGAUGGUGUCUCAGCCGACCUCAAGCCAAGACGGACAACCUGGGCAGAGGAGAAGAAGCUGAACAUGGAGACAUUUGGGGUGCCUGGAUGUCUCCUGAGGGACAGAGGGUUCCGCAGGGGCAGUCGUGGCCGGAAAGGGCCGAGCAGAGCCCUCCAGCAGCCCAGACCCAAAGUGGGUCGUGGUAGUGUGAAGUCUAAAGGGUUAACACUUUGAAUGUUCUCAGGUUUAUUUUGUGUUCUGUGCUCGAGUAAAAUUCAGUUGGUCAAUGCCAACCCUCUCAGUUCAAAAUCCGAAAUAUUUUCAAUGAAAAAAAAAAUGGCAAGUAUUUGCUAGACAGACAUGGCAACACAUCAAUUGAUUUAUCUUCAAAAUAUGUACUGUAAUACAUCUUGAGUUUAUUAGUAUUUUGAAACAUCCUAUUUGGUUUAAGCAUUAGUAUUUAGAGGCAUCCAAAUUGAUAUCAGCCCACAGGUUAUAGAAUAAAUUGAAAGUACAGUUGAAGGAUGUAUUUGAUUUUUGUAAACACAAUUACAAGGGUUUUCAGGGCCUGUUUCCCAUAUGUAAAAUACAUCGAUAUGUGCCAAUA